GGUGGGCUGUGCUGUUUGAUAUCUCCCCCCACUCUGUGAAGGGGGAAAGGAGUUCACACCUCACACCUGGAGCUGAAGGUACAUGAGGGUGGGAAGCCGGAGGAUGUGACAAGCCAAGACUUAGACACAACAAGGUGUGAAGACUGAAGCUUUUACUCUCCCUAACUCGAGAUAUAUUCAAAGAAGAGCUACUUAAAAGCCAAGAUGUGAACUCGAGACCUUGAAGAGGGCCUCUUCCUCUGAGUACAGCAAGUUUGGAUCCCUAGAAAGGGGCUCAUUAUUUUGUUUGAGUUAAUCAAGCUUUUGUUAAAUGCUAUAUGCCAAAGGCCAACUUUGCCCACACUAAUUCCACAAAUACAAGAAAUGAAAUGAUCUCUAUUCACAAGAGCUUCUAACUGGGGAGAGAAUACAUGGAACAUAAAUAUAAAAAUCUCUAGAGUAUCUUGAAGCUUCACAGCGCACUCCACUCAACUUUUGUGUUGAAGAAUAAAUGUAAGAACAGGGAUGAUGACCAGACAAAAAAACAAAGACAACAACAAAGAAGACGGAGACCAGUAAAAUUAGGAAUAAUAAGCCCCAGGCAGUUAACAGGACUAAAAGCAUCAAUCCAGACAUGGCUGUUCGUAGGAGCAUCUCGCCGCCCAGAAGUCGGGUUUCAAGCUUAACAAGGUUCAUAGAAGACCAAAGGAGCCAACAUUCCCAUGAUAUUUUUGUACAUCCAUCAUUUUCCAUGCCUUCUCCCUCAUUUUCCAUGCUUUCUCCCUCAGUAUCUUCCUUCAUGCACCAGUCACGACAAUCAUCUCAUGUACCCUAUGGACAAGACAUCUCUUCUUCCUACUACAAUUUCAGUUUUGGAAUUCCACUGCCCUCUCCUUUUUCUUAUGUUGAUCCUUUCUUCCGAAGAGGACAACCUGAGAGGGCUCAAGCUUCAAACCCAUUCCUGACCUCCCCCCCUUUCUGUGACUUAUCCCAAAGACAUCCAUUUAUGGAAUAUAAUAGUGAAAUGUGCUUUCAUUCAAGAAACCUUGAACCUAGAGGGAUUCAGUCACCAGCAGCACAAGCUACAAGGCAGGAAAAAGAUAUUUCUGGGACAAACUAUUGCUUUAAUGAUUGCUAUGCUUCCCCUUCUACGAUGCUGAAAUUGGGAGCUACUUGUAACCUGGACUCUAGGCAUGAUUACCCACCAAUUUUCCAUAUUCCUUUAAAACCAGAGACUCCAAUGGAUAAAGAACUUUCAUUAAUGCAUCAGAACUUUCCACCACCUCCAACUAUCAGAUACAACUUAACCCCACCAAAGUCCUUAACUGAUCCUGAAGAGGAUCCUUUGGGAAACCUCUUUAAAUUACUUCAGGCUGACCUGGUCCCCAAAAGACCAAGAUAUUUCCUGGAAGGUACAGAUUCUGAAGCAGAUACCACAUCUUCCAUCUCAUCUGAAUGUCAUUCAAAAGACCAUUCCAAAUGCUGUCCACAUCACGUAACUCCCCAAGAAGGAAUGAAGAAAGAUUCCUAUCAGACUCCAGAAUGUGACUCCAGCAGCUCAACAGAAUGCGACUCCAGCAGUUCAACAGAAUGCGACUCCAGCAGUUCAACAGAAUGCGACUCCAGCAGCUCAACAGAAUGUGACUCCAGCAGCUCAGCAGAGGGACGUUCCGAUGAUAUUAAUGAUGCGGAGACUGAUGAUUAUAUUAUAGAUGUGGAGACAGUAGAAAAUUAAAGCCAGGAUGUUGUCUAUAA